AUGGCGACGGGGCAGGCGGUUGUGGGGAGCUUAACGGCGGCGGAAAGAGGGGUUCUGGCCGCCAUCAACACUGGUGCUUCCAGCUUCUCGCUUGUGGGUUCUGCUUUCAUAGUCCUCUGCUACUUACUCUUCAAAGACCUCCGCAAGUUCUCCUUCAAGCUUGUCUUCUUCCUCGCUCUCUCUGAUAUGUUCUGCAGUUUCUUCAGCAUCAUUGGGGAUCCUUCUAAAGGAUACUUUUGUUAUGCUCAGGGUUACACAACACAUUUCUUUUGUGUUGCUUCUUUUCUAUGGACAACGACAAUCGCUUUCACUUUACACAGAACAGUUGUUAGACAUAAAACUGAUGUGGAGGAUUUAGAGCCAAUCUUUCAUCUGUAUGUUUGGGGGACUUCAGUUGUUAUGACAGUAAUUCGCUCCAUUGGCAAUGAUCAUGGUCAUAUAAGCCGUUUAGGAGCAUGGUGUUGGGCACAAACAGGACGCACAGGAAAGGUGGUUCAUUUUAUUACAUUUUAUGCACCUCUGUGGGGCGCAAUUUUGUUCAAUGGCAUUACCUAUUUUCAAGUGAUUCGCAUGUUGAACAACGCUACUCGUAUGGCUGUAGGAAUGUCUGAUAGGGCACAUCAAUCAGAUGCACGGCCAGAUAUGAGGGCUCUAAACCGAUGGGGUUACUAUCCACUUAUUCUAAUUGGAUCAUGGUUUUUUGGCACAAUCAACCGUAUACAUGACUUCAUCGAACCUGGUCAUAAGAUCUUUUGGCUUUCUGUUCUUGAUGUUGGCAUGGCUGCACUUAUGGGCCUCUUCAACUCGAUAGCAUAUGGUCUCAACUCAUCAGUGCGGAGGGCAAUUUAUGAAAGAUUUGAUCUGUUACCUGAAAGUUUAAGAAGAUUUAUGCCAAAGAAUUUGAAGCCCAGAGACCAGCAGCAAGAGCAGAGCGAACUAGUUUUAUUGAAAAUUGGUGACCAGCGAUAG